AUGCAAGCAGAGGUCCAGAGGAGGCUCAUGCUGCUGGCUCUUGAUGUUCUUGCAGAACAAAAGCAAAAAGAGCUGGAGGCAGCAGGAGGGUGUUACAGGACAUGCCGUUUUUCAUCUUUCUUUGUCUGUUUUGCCUUCAUCCAGAUCCGGAGUACCAUCGAGAACAGUUUUGUUGGCUGGGAGCUGGAAGAGGUGCUGCUGUUGGACAUGUCAGUAGACGAUGGCGAUUCAAAGAUCCAGAAUCAGAUGAAGAAGCUCCAAAGUCCUGUUAUACUACUGUACUGCACUAAAGAAGAAGCCAUGACCAUUUUCGAGGUGGCACAUUCUGUCGGCCUCACUGGCUACGGCUACACCUGGAUCGUACCAUCUCUGGUGACAGGGGAUGCAGAUAAUGUACCCAGCGUCUUUCCAACAGGUUUGAUCUCUGUUUCCUACGAUGAGUGGGACUAUGGACUGGAGGCUCGAGUGCGUGAUGCUGUAGCCAUAAUCGCCAUGGCAACCUCCACAAUGAUGCUGGAUCGGGGUCCUCACACGCUGCUUAAGUCUGGAUGCCACGGCGCACCUGACAAGAAAGGCAGCAAGUCAGGAAACCCCAACGAGGUGCUGAGGUACCUCAUGAAUGUGACAUUUGAAGGGCGCAACCUCUCCUUCAGUGAGGACGGUUUUCAGAUGCACCCAAAGUUGGUUAUUAUACUGUUAAAUAAGGAGAGGCAGUAUGAAAGGGUCGGUAAAUGGGAGAACGGGUCUCUGGCUAUGAAGUACCACGUGUGGCCUCGGUUCGAGCUCUACUCGGAUGCUGAGGAGCGGGAGGACGACCACCUGUCCAUUGUUACGCUAGAGGAGGCUCCAUUUGUUAUUGUGGAGGAUGUCGACCCCCUCAGUGGCACCUGCAUGAGGAAUACAGUGCCGUGCAGAAAACAGCUCAAACUCCAAAAUCAGACAGGAGAUUCAGGGAUAUACAUUAAACGCUGUUGCAAGGGCUUCUGUAUAGACAUCCUCAAAAAGAUUGCCAAGUCCGUAAAGUUUACCUACGAUCUCUACCUGGUGACCAAUGGGAAGCAUGGGAAAAAGAUCAACGGCACAUGGAACGGCAUGGUUGGAGAGGUGGUGCUGAAGAACGCUCACAUGGCUGUCGGCUCACUGACCAUCAAUGAGGAGAGGUCAGAGGUCAUUGAUUUCUCGGUGCCCUUCAUAGAGACAGGCAUCAGCGUCAUGGUGUCUCGAAGCAAUGGGACUGUGUCUCCAUCUGCGUUCCUCGAGCCAUUCAGCGCAGACGUCUGGAUCAUGAUGUUCGUCAUGCUGCUGCUGGUUUGUGCCAUCGCCGUGUUUGUCUUUGAAUACUUCAGUCCCGUGGGCUACAAUCGUCGUCUCAUCGACGGCAGAGAGGCCGGUGGUCCGUCGUUCACCAUCGGAAAGGCCAUCUGGCUGCUCUGGGGUUUGGUCUUCAAUAACUCCGUUCCAGUGCAGAACCCCAGAGGAACCACCAGCAAGAUCAUGGUGUCCGUCUGGGCCUUCUUUGCCGUGAUUUUCUUGGCCAGCUAUACUGCUAACCUGGCAGCGUUUAUGAUCCAGGAAGAGUAUGUGGACCAGGUGUCGGGCCUCAGUGACAAAAAGUUUCAGAGACCCAACGACUUCUCCCCGCCGUUUCGCUUUGGGACGGUGCCAAACGGCAGCACCGAGAGAAACAUCCGCAAUAACUAUAAAGAGAUGCACUCCUACAUGGUGAAAUUCCACCAGCGCAAUGUGGAUGAAGCGCUCUACAGUCUGAAGACCGGGAAGCUGGAUGCCUUCAUUUAUGACGCGGCGGUGCUGAACUACAUGGCAGGCAGAGACGAGGGAUGCAAGCUGGUCACUAUCGGCUCCGGGAAGGUGUUCGCCUCCACCGGCUACGGCAUCGCCAUCCAGAAGGACUCGGGCUGGAAGAGACAGGUGGACCUCGCCAUCCUGCAGCUCUUUGGAGAUGGUACUGCUGUCAUUCACAUCAGACACUCAUCUGACAGCUUGUUCACUAGUAAUAAGAAUCCAGCAAUGCUGCACCCGAUAAAACAUUAUGACAGUAUGACGUUUGCGGUCUUGAUAUACACCACCAGUCAAAGACCCAGCGUNCACCACGAGAAGAAUGAAGUGAUGAGCAGUCAGCUGGAUGUGGACAAUAUGGCGGGUGUGUUCUACAUGCUGGGUGCCGCCAUGGCUCUGUCGCUCAUCACCUUCAUCGCUGAACAUGUCUUCUACUGGCACCUGCGCUUCUGCUUCAUGGGCGUGUGUUCUGGGAAGCCAGGGCUCACCUUCACCAUCAGCAGGGAGAUUUUCAGCUGCAUUCACGGAGUAGAAAUCGAAGAUAAGAGUUCAGCGCUCAAUUCGCCCUCGGCUACCAUGAACAACACACACUCGAAUAUCCUGCGUCUACUGCGCACCGCCAAGAACAUGGCGUCCCUCUCCGGGGUCAACGGCUCUCCGCACAGCGCUCUGGAUUUCAUCCGUCGAGAGUCCUCCGUCUACGACAUCAGCGAGCAUCGCCGCAGCCUGGCUGGACACUCGGACUGCAAGGCCCCCUACCUGCCCGAGGACAACAUGUUCAGCGACUACAUCAGCGAGGUGGAGCGUACCUUCGGGAACCUGCACCUGAAGGACAGCAACCUGUACCAGGACCACUACCUGCACCACCACGGGGGCUCCACGCUGGGGCUGACAGGCCCCAACCGGCCCCACAGCCUGGGCUCCAGCAGUUCUCUGGAGGGCGGCAUGUUUGACUGCGACAGCCUGGGCGGAGGUGUAGCCCCCAUCUUCACCACACAGCCGCGCUCUGCGCUAACGCACAGGAAUAUGAGUAAAUUCGACCUGCUGCAGAGCCAGACUCCUCCGUCUGGACCGGGAUUGAAGCAGGGACUGGCUGACCUGUACGGAAAGUUCUCCUUUAAAGGUGGAGCUUCCAGUUCGGGAUACAUCGCAGGGCAUGACCGGUUCUGCAGCGGAGCUGACGACGGUAACAUCCGCUCCGACGUGUCUGACAUUUCCACUCAUACUGUCACCUACGGCAAUCUGGAAGGAAAUGCAAAGAAACGCAAGCAGUAUAGAGACAGUUUAAAGAAGCGGCCAGCAUCAGCAAAGUCCCGCAGGGAACUCGACGAGAUCGAGCUGGGUUACCGCCGCCGCCAGCAUCACCACCACCACCACGGACACCGCUCAGCUUCGCCUCCGUCCGAACGGAAACGAGGCGUGAGCUCCACCUCAUAUCUGCUUCAGGACAAGGAAAGCCUGAGGGAUUUCUACCUGGAUCAAUUCCGGCCCAAGGAGGGGGUGCCGCAGUGGGAACAUGUGGAUCUUACCGAUGGCCCCAGCGGGGGAGGAGGCAACUGCACCAGUUUGGUGUCUGUAGAUGACUUCCUAAAAAGCAAACCUAAGAAAACGGAGAGCGGCGAGUGGGAAUGUCGCAGCUGUCGGGCCAGCAGUGCAGGCAGCAAGCACGGAGCAGGAGUUCUGCACGUCGGGAGUGGCUGCGUGGCAUCGGGAGCCGCAGGAAGAGUCGGAAGCAGCCGUCCCAGUUCUGCCACUUGUAUGCGGUGCGAAGCCUGCAAGAAGUCUGGAAACCUGUACGACAUCAGCGAGGACAGUAACCACCUGCUGGAGCAACUGGGAGGCAGCAGGGGCCAGACGCCAUCACAGCGCCGCAGGGCCUUCAGUGGGAGGCCGUUACGCAGGCAACACUCCUAUGAUGCAUUCGUGGACCUGCAGCGAGAAGAGUUAAGUGGAAUAGGCGCGCCUCCUAUGUUAUGUGCAGUACCUCCACCACGCAGCGUCAGCCUCAAGGAGCGGGAGCGCUGCAUGGAUGCCUCCUUCGCACACAUAUUUGAGCGCCCCGAGCAGGACACGGAGCGAGACCCGCUGUUCUACGGAGCCACCGAGAGAGGUGCGGGAUCACCAUUUGGGUUGCAGAACGCACCCCACAGGCGCUCUGUGGGAGAGAGGGACCUGAGAGACAGAGGACUCCUUGAGGGGCCUGUUCACGCUUUAUCUAAAUCCCUCUAUCCCGACCGAACCGACCACAACCCCUUCAUCCCUACAUUCGGAGAUGACCAGUGCCUGCUGCACGGUGCCAAGUCCUACUACGUUACCAAGCAGCAGUCGCAGCACGGGGAUUUGCUCAGCCCCAUGGGCUUCGCCGCGGAGCUGUGCAUGGGGAACCACCACACCAGCAAGCUCAGCCUCGGCCCUCCUCGACCGUUCACCGGCAGCAACGGACACGUGUACGAGAAACUCUCCAGCAUAGAGUCUGACGUGUGAGAAUGAGUCCAGAUUUUAGCAGGACAUGCAGAACUUGAGAGAACUGAAAAUGUCAUUUCCUGUGAAGUUCACGUUUGCACCGUUGGGUUUAUCUCCACAAGCUGGUGAGAAGAACAAGAGCACGUCCAUCUGCCACGUCAGAUGGCCACCCAAACAGCCCAGUCCUGUACUCUUGUCUUUUGUGAAGAUACAAUCAUGAAAGCAUAAAAAAUGUGCAUUGAUUUGUUUUUUGUUUUUUUUGAAACAGGGUAAUAACUGUAACUCAGAGAUGUAGUGAAGACACUGCUGACUGCUGGUAAUCUGAUGUUGAAAUUGGGUUUCAUUUGUCUGUCGUUUUUCUGAGGCCUUUGCUGAGCAUUGGGGUUUAGAGUUUUUGAAUGUGACGAUCAAUCCAGUCUCCGCAUCAACCUAACGCAUCCAUGGCAACAGCCUCUCCCAUGCUGGUUACUGCCGUGAAACACGCGUGCAUUCGUGGAAGUGCACAAUCCUCUGUUUUCUGCCGUCAUUUAUAUUUGAGUCUCUACUGCCGUGAUAUUUCAUAUCCAAUAAGAAACCGUGUUGAUACGCCUUCGGUUACGCUCACGUGACUCUCGCUCAGAAGUUGAGAAAUGAGGGACAUGAGAUGACAGUAUCAACUUUUGGUUGUAAAUACAUUUCUCUUUAUAUAAGCCAACAAGGUCUACCUUUAAUAUAGCUUUUUCAAGUAUAACCAAAAUAAAGAUAAAAACAGAACAAAAUAACAAAAACAUAAAAUAUGCAAAAUUUAGCUAAAGCAUUAUAACUCAUGAUAAGUGAUAUUUUAAGCGAUAGUUUGCUUUUUAAAUCCAUGUUUAUUACUUGAUUCUGAUAGUUUACCGCCUCUUAACCCGGCUUUAUUUUAAGGAUUUACCUUUAUUCAGAUUUACCUUUGCAGCGUAACAGAGCUGAGCUGUCGUGAACAUAUUUAGUUUACUUGAUUAGUGUACCGAUAACUCCUUGCUAAGUUUUUCUUUAAUUGUGUUAGAUGUUUGGUCGUUUGCUGGAGAAGGUUUCCAGGUUCUCUCUCUCUCUCUUACGCACACACACACACACACACA